AUGAACAAGUUCGCCAGGCUCAGGGUGGCAUGUGUUCAGCUUAACCCGAGAAUAGGUGAGGUUGAAGCCAAUAUUCGCAAGGUACACACAAUACUAGUCAAUGUACCGAAAGUAGAUUUGGUAGUACUUCCGGAAUUGGCUAUAACGGGCUAUAACUUCCCCAACCGUAGAGCAAUUGAGCCAUAUCUAGAGAAUUUGGCCCUAGAGAAUGGACCCUCUAUCAAGCUAGCAAAGGAAAUCUCAAACAAGUACAAAUGCUUUACUUUGAUUGGAUACCCUGAAAUUUCGAAUUCAACAAUUUAUAACUCUGCCGUAUUGGUAGGACCCAACGGCUCAAUACUACAUAACUAUAGAAAGACAUUUCUCUAUGAAACAGACGAGGUAUGGGGAGCAAGUGAGAAUCCAGAAAAAGGGUUUUCGUCUCUAAAGCUUGUACUUGAUAAGGAAUACUAUUUGGACAAGCAGGCAAACAAAACAUAUCCAACUGUAACUACAAACAUCGGCAUUUGCAUGGAUGUAAAUCCCUAUCAAUUCAAGGCUCCGUUCAAUGCGUUUGAAUUUUCAGGCUCGGCAUUCCACCAGAGAGCCAAGCUCCUCUUGUUUCCCAUGGCAUGGCUAUCGCCCCAAUCACCUUCAACUAAGGAAGACUUGACCAAGAGUGAGAAGUUGAACAAGGGCAAGAUAUUCAAUGAAAGGUACUUCUCCACAGAACAUAAACCAACGGUAAAUGACAAUAACGUAGCCCCAAAGUUGGAGUCUAAUACUUUAUUCGUGCCUACAACUCCAGAAGGUAGCACAGUAAACUACUGGCUUCUCCGUUUUUUUCCAUUCAUGAAGCAUCCCAACAGUUACCAGUCCAAAUACUAUGAGACUGCCACGCUUAUAGCCUGUAAUCGUGUAGGGGUGGAAGACGAUAUAUUGUAUACUGGAUCGUCAUCAAUAAUACAAUUCUCUGGAACUUCAUCUUCGGCUCCUCAAAUUGAUAGUGCCAACCCCAGCGUUAAUGUGCUUGGGAGUUUGGGCCAAGGCGACGAGGGAGUUUUAGUAAGGGAUAUAGAUAUCGAAUUUGACUAA